AGAAAAUAUCAGAGUUUCACGACUAAAUUUUGGGGAUAUCCCUUGUCUGGAAAAGAUAGAAGAGGAAAAAGCCCCUUCAUCACUUGGAGGUUCUUUGCCGUUUCUGGAGCUCUGGGCUUGAAAGGAUGUUGCUUUUCCAGUCAUUGAUUUCUGCAAGAAAAAGAAGGGACUUGUAGAGUCUACAAAGUAUCUGCUUCGCAGUGGGGCUUUUUUAGGCCUUUUAGCCACUUAGUUUGCUGUUGCGUGCAACAAGCUCACUGGGAGGAAAGUGAGAUUUGCUUUUGUCUAAUAUCAGGCAGGAAAGCAGUAAAAUAUGCUGGGUUUGGGAAUAAUUGGAACCUAAGUAUUAAAACUUUAAGGCUAUUAAUCUAAAAAAGUAAUUCUCUUAAUGUUAAUCUCUUAGAUGAAUCCCGUAGUGUUUUUAGAGGAACAUUAAGCUUCUUCAAAGGAGCUGGAAGAAAGAAAUAGGAAUUCUGUAUUAAAUGUUUCCUAUGGAAUUACUGGUAUUGUGUCCAUAUGUGCGUAUGUUUCUGUCCCCAUCAAUUCCCCUUAAAAAUAUCCUGUUUCUCCAAGUUUCAAGGAAUGAGUGCUGAGGUGAGAGACCAAUUUAGUGCCCCAAAGGAGAGAAAACUUGCAACAUUGUUAGGCACCAGACAACUUAGAAAGGGAGCAGGAUGAAUGUCUCCACUUAGAGAGAAAGCUUCAGAAUUGAUUCUCCACUAAAUGACUUGCAUCAUCUCAGAGUCAGAGGAGACCCAGCUCCAAGAGUUCUUCUAGUUCUCCAGUUCAGGUAAUGUGGUAUUGUCUCUUUGAUGGAGUCAGGAUCCUGUGCAUGCUCAGCUGGAGGCACUUUACAGAGCAGCACAGAGAACAGAGAGAGCCUUCCCUGCACUGCUUUCCCCUGUCCAGGGGACUCCCGAGGCAUGCCCUGAUGGGAAGGUCCUCAAAGCAAACUCGCCACAGAAGAAUUAAAAGAAGCAAAGGUAGCACAACCGUUAUUUAUCCCCGUUGGGUUCCCUGGGGUUCUAUAUGGAAUGCUGGGCUUGUGCCCCAGCAACCGUUGUUGCUGCUCCUGCAGCCGUUGGUGGAACACAGGUGGAUCACUGGUGGAGCAGCAGCUGCAGGAUCUGGUCCUGGGCUUUCUCUAAACAGCCAGCUCCUAGCCUCAGCCCCGGAUCUGGCUUCUGGGUCAACAUUCUCAUCUCCUCCUGUGCUCCUAGAAUUGCUUCAGGGCUGUCAAAGGUGGAAAGGAGAGGGAAAAUGAAGAGGAAAACAAGAGUCCGCAUUAAGCCACACAUCAAUGUUGGCAGUGACUUUCAGGCUGAGCUCCCUGAGCUGCAGGCCAGACCCCCAACUGAGGAUGAAGAACACGCAUCCCUGGUCUGGAAGCCAUGGGAGGACACUGAUUCUGACAUGGAAACGCAUGACAAAGUGAGAGAUCUGCUUGAUAUGGCCAUCUCCAGUGGCAUUCCUGGGGCAGCAGCUAACCUGGAGCUUGCCCUACACUGCCUGCACGAGGCGCAGGGCAAUGUUGCGGAGGCUCUGGAGAUGUUCCGGUCAGGGGGGCCUCAGACACCUCAAGGCCAUCCCUUGGCUGAUUAUCAUUAUGCAGGCUCUGAUAUAUGGACACCUCAUGAGAAGGAGUCAUUUCAAAUGGCUUUUCACACCUAUGGGAAGGAUUUUCAUCUCAUCCAGAAGGAGAUUCAAAGUAAGACCGUGGCACAGUGUGUGGAGUAUUACUACUCCUGGAAAAAAGAACGUAGGAUUGCUCCCCCUCCUACUCAGACUGUGGGCAGACCAAAGAGGAGCAAAAACGCUCCCAAGGAGGAGAAUGGGGAGAUGGAGAAGAGAGGCCGAAGAAGGCCCCGCAGCACUGUAUGUCCAUGCUGCAAACCGCCACAGCCACCUCGCUCAGCAGGAGGCCCAUUUCCGUGUGGGACAUGCAAACGGGUGUUUGAAACAAUGAGGGAAAGGAACAGACAUGAGAGAAGCCAUCGCCCACAGAAGGAAGAUGAGCCUCACCCCAAGAAGAAAAGACCAAAUUAGGGGUUGUCUGGGGCUAGCAAAAGUUAGAUGUAAAUAGGAGUUGAUGUAAAUUAGGCUGGUUUUUAAGCUUUUAGGGUUGAGGUUUUUUCCUGUUUAGUCUAUUAGAAAGAGAUUUUGAUUAGUUACUGUAAGAGGUUUGGUGUUACGUUCUAUAUUUUGUCUUUUUGCAUUUAUUAAGUC